GAUUCAUCGUCGGCUCGGUCAAGAGCGUUUAAAUCGCUUGCAUCCGCCUCUCGCCGAGUUUGCCCCGCUUGUCCCGCUUGCCUCUGGCCAACUCCAUCGCCAACUCCAUCGCCAGCUCCAUCUUCUGUCCUGCUCUCUCGCAAUGGAGCCCCAACCGCCGCCGUUCAUCCCCGAACGCAAGGCAUCAGCCCCCACCAGCCGCUCUGUCGAGCAUUCUGCUGUCUAUUCGCUCUUCUCGGCCUUCCGCGACCUGCUCUGCUGCGGCUACGGCGAUCGCUACUACGAAAUCGACGACACGGUGCACCGGGAAGACUCCAAGGAAAAAGACAGCGCCCGUUUCAGCGUCAGCAGCAAGGAGCGCCUGCUCUCCUGGCGACCCGACGGAACACCGUCCCUGGGGGCAAUCCAUCCCGCCGUCGUGUCCGAGUCGCAAAUCGCGGCCAUCAUGUCCGUUGUCGAGCAUCCAUACACCUCCAGCACCAAAACCAAAACUGCCGACACCCGAGCCAUCAAGGUCAGCAGUGCCCCCAAGCGCACCACCUCGACCCUCAACCGCCAUGUUCCCAACCCCCAGGUGCAGAAGCUUAAGCCCUCUGCAAAGGCUGCUUCCAAAGCACUCGAGGCCAAGGCCGCUGCCGCGAAUGCCCAGCUCAUCGACAUCAGCGUCCCGACCGAGCCGCGUGCUGCUACCCGGUCCAAUGAUGCUGUCGAGCCGAGCAUCGCUGCUGAGCCUGCUCCGGCUCCUGCUCCGGCUCCUGCCCAGCCGCGAGCCAAGGACCAGUCGCUGGCCCAGGAGCUCACCCAGGCGCUGUCCAAGGAUCAGCCGCCCGCCAAAGAGCCGGCCAAGAGCCCGUUUUCGGGUGUGGACUUGACUAUCCAGAACUUGCCCGCUCGCAUUGUUGUGCCUCCGCCGCCUCCCAUGCCCACCAUCAGGGAGUCGCCAAAGGAGGUCGAUAACCCUUUUGAGGAGACGGUCGAAGCCUCGCCAAAGACUGUCAUCCCUGCCGACUCCAUCGUCAUGACCGACAUUCCCGGCACUAGCCAGCCCUUCCAGCCCCUCGUCGAUGUCAGCUACAGCCGCUCGAUCCUGCUGCCAAACGACGCCCCGGAAGACUACAAGCCCAACAAGCAGGUUCCAGUUGUCAAGCGCCCUGCCGUCAAGAACGCUGAGGCCAGUGUUGAUGCCAAGCCCACUAAGCCCACUUCUGCCGCUCGCCCCUUCGGCGGCUCUCUUGUUCCGACUGUACCUGUCCUGCCAGGUGACGAGCCAAAGGAACCCGAGGUCUCCAACGCCGAUGAUGACGACUUCAGCUAUCCCAGCGCCGCAAACUUUGACAGCUAUCCUGCGGACUCGCCUUCGUCGGGACCGACCAAGUUUGCAUCGAUGCCCCGAUCAAGCUCGCGGCUGCCGCCCAAGCUCGACAAGCCGCUGCGACCCCAGUCUGUGUCGUCGCUUGCUGAUAUCAAGAACAGCAGCGUUAAGCGCGGCAGCACCUCCACCAUUGACUCGAUAUAUGGCAAGAUGAAUCUGAAGCUCAAGCUGAUCACCAGCAACCGCACCCAGCUUGUCAUGGUCUCCACCUCCAUGGACCUGCCUGGAGUCAUCUCCCGUAUCCGCACCAAGAUCCAGACGGAUCUGACGUCCACCAUCAGUCUCAAGUACCGCGUUGACGAUCAGUUCGUGCCCAUCAACAGCGACGAGGAUCUGCGCAAGGCCUUCGCUGCCAGCGGCAUCGAGUACGGCGCGGAGGAGGUUGAUGCCACCGCCCGGCUAACUCUUUGGUGCGAUUGAGCAUGCCCGGUCUCGUCCGAUCCACCGCACUCCAUUUCCAUCAUUCGCCACCCUCUCCCCUGAUAUUUGUCGCCAUAUUUCCCCUCCUUGCUCCACGCGGCCUUGAUGGCCUCACUCUCCUCGGUGCAGUAGCUUUUGGUA